CUUCUAUCUUCUAUUGUUUGAUAUUCUAAAAGUAUAUCAUAAGAUAAACUAGAAUAAAUUAUAUGAUCAUGAGUUCAUUAGUUCUUACUCGAUCAAAUGCUCUUUAACAAGGUAUUAUAUUGUUACUGCAGCAAGAAAUGGGUACAAUCAAAUCAUCAGCGACCAUGGAAGAACUGAAGCAACAACUGAAACUGGCUGGACCUCUUUGCUUAGUCAGUUUCUUAGAUUACAGUUUGCAGAUUAUAUCGGUCAUGUUCAUCGGCCAUCUCGGAGAGCUCUCCCUUUCUGUUGCUUCAAUGGCCUCCUCUUUUGCUGCAGUCACUGGUUCCCACUUCCUGCUAGGAACUGGAAGUGUACUCGAGACGUUUUGUGGACAAGCUUAUGGAGCACAACAGUAUCACAUGCUUGGAGUAUACACUCAACGAGCUAUGCUAGUUUUGAUGCUUAUAGCUAUUCCAAUAUCAAUCAUAUGGACUUACACAGGCACUAUCUUCAUUUGGUUUGGUCAAGAUGUAGAGAUCUCAAUGAAAGCCGAAACCUACACUCGUUGGUUGAUUCCCAGUAUUUUCCCAUAUGGGAUUCUUCAGUGUCAAUUCCGAUUCUUGCAAGCUCAAAGUAAUACAAAAGUGUUGAUGUUGAGCAGUGGAUUUACAUGCUUAGUUCACAUUCUUGCAUGUUGGAUUUUGAUCUUUAAGUUUGGAUUAAGGAGUAAUGGGGCUGCUUUGGCCUGUGCUAUUUCUUAUUGGAUUCAAGUGUCGUUUUUGGCGAUUUAUAUUAAGUUUUCACGCGCUUUUGAGAAGACAUGGACAGGGUUUUCUAAAGAAGCAUUUCUAAAUCUUGAAGAGUUUGUUUCGUUGAGUAUACCUUCUGCACUCAUGAUCUGCUUGGAGUACUGGGCGUAUGAGUUUUUGGUUCUCAUGUCGGGCCUUCUUCCUAAUCCAAAGCUUGAAAUAUCGAUGAUGUCAGUGAGCCUCACGACCAGUACGCUCAUCUAUAGGAUUCCUUAUGGUUUUGGCAGUGCAGUAAGCACAAGAGUUUCAAACGAGUUAGGAGCCGGGCGACCUCAGGCUGCACACCGAGCUGCACAUGUUGUGAUGCUUGUGGCCAUGACCGAAGGGUUAGUGGUUAGCUUCAUUUUAGUUGUGGUUCGUGACUUAUGGGGCUAUUUGUUUACGUAUGAAGUGGAAGUUGUGAGUUAUCUAUCAUUUAUAAUGCCGAUUCUUGCACUUUCCAACUUUUGUGAUGGAAUUCAGGGGGUACUUUCAGGUAUUGUAAGAGGAUGUGGAUGGCAAAAGAUUGGUGCUUUUGUGAAUCUUGGGGCAUAUUACCUUGUUGGUCUUCCUUUUGCAAUCCUUUGGACUUUUGUAUUCUCUUAUGGAGGAAAGGGACUCUGGAUGGGAAUCAUCGGUGGGAGCGGCAUCCAAGCAUUACUUUUCAUCUAUAUUGUCAUGCAUACAAAUUGGGAUCAAGAGGCCAAAAAAGCUCAUAAUCGGGUCCACUAUACUAGCUUGCCCAAGUGAUAAUUAAUUGUGCCCUCGCUUGUGUUUAGCUGCUUUCUUCGCUAUAUAGUUUCGUGUGAAUGUUGCAAAGUAUACAACUAUACAAGUACAUGGUACUGGGAUAUGAUGAUUCUAAAAGGUGAUGAUUCAAUGUGGUUGGCAAGGUCGCUUACAAUACGUAACUUUCACAAA